AUGGGGUACUUUUGUGUAUUCAACAAGAGAGGGCUAGUCAUUCACGAAGAAGGUAAAGCACCCGAUCAUCUCAAUCAAAUAAUAGCAUCCUUGGACACGUCUAAACUUAUUGGAUUGAGGAAGAUCCGGGAUCAGGUCAUGGAGUACGAGAUCAGAGGCCCAAUUGUGUAUUUGAGUCUGUCAAGGACUCCCAAUCUCAAAGCAAUCAUUGAUGAUUACCUAGGUGGAAAUAAGCCGAAAAUAGUCGAAGGCAAAAAGAAAACAAGAAAUAGUAUCAAGGGAAGAAAGUGGGAGGAUGCAGGAAACGAGGAGGAGUUGAAUUAUUCCACAUCCUCAAGUGGAAUUAGUAAUCUUGUUGAAGUGAUUAGAAAAGCAACAGUUCAAAAGGCAUUUGGAUUGUUUAAGGAUGAAAUACAAGUAAGCGAAUUGAAAGACAAGAUGACUACACAUCUGAUAAGCAAGAAUGUAAGCUCUCAAAUAACGAAAACACUUGUGGAUAACAUCACGAUGGAGUUGGCUGAAGAGGGGUUAGAAAGUAUAUCCGAAAAAGCAUUUAAACAAAAGAUGUCAAAUGUUCUUAGUAGGCUUAUUCCGUCUGUAGAUCAUGAAAGGAUGCUGGAUAAAAUAAAGAGGCACAAAGGAGUGUUUUCUAUUUGUUUUGUGGGUGUUAAUGGGGUUGGAAAAAGCACAUCAUUGGCCAAGAUAUGCUAUUGGUUGUUGCAAAACAAGUUUAGGGUAUAUAUAGCUGCAUGCGAUACGUUCAGAGCAGGUGCCAUUGAGCAGCUUAGGACUCAUGUAGAGAGAUUCAAGCUUGGUGGUCAUCUAGUCGGGUUCUAUGAAAAAGGAUAUGGAAAAGAUGAUGCAUCUGUGGCAAGAUGUGCCAUUCAAGAAGCCCAGCACGAGGGAUAUGACGUUAUUCUGAUUGAUACAGCCGGAAGAAUGCAUAACAAGAAAAAUCUAAUGGCUUCUCUUACUAAACUUAUAAAGAUCAAUAAUCCCGAUCAUAUCAUAUAUGUAGGAGAGGCAUUAGUUGGAUCUGACAGCUUGGAUCACAUUAGAGAAUUUAACAAGGCUAUUGGAGAUGCAGGACAAUCAAGAAAAAUCGACAGUAUACUUCUUACUAAGGUUGACACUGUGGAUAACAAAAUAGGACAGAUUUUGAACAUGGCCUUCUCCUCUCAUGCACCUAUUUUGUUCUUGGGCGUCGGGCAGUCAAAUUCUGAUCUGUCAAAUAUAGGGUCAGAAGAUAUUGUGAAUAGCCUUAUGUCCUCUUGA